AUAGGCACGAAACUCUAGUGGACGUCGUCACCCAUUUUGAUUCGGGCUGGAAAUCUGGCCCGGGUUGAAUCACCUCACCUUCAGCUCGAUCUACUACUAUAAACCAAUCGAUCCGGUCUCAACUAUCAACCCAUCCUCAACUUGUGCUCUAAUAGAAACCUUUCGGGCUCGAUCCACUCCUAUCAAGACGCUGACGACGACUAUGAAGUUCCUCAUAUUCAACCUCUCCCUCAUCGCCAUCGCGCUCGGCAUCGCACGACAAAUGGGAAUCACCAUCCCUCGGCCACACAUCCCUGCUCCUUGCACAAAAGAAUUCGCUUUGAUCAUCGCCGCCCAAUCCGUCCUCUCAUUCUUCAGCUCACACAUCUCCAGGCUACUCACUGAACAGCCUAAACGGUACCAAGGAGACGAGGACGGGAUCCUCGAUGACAAGUUGUUGGAGAACAAGCGAAUGCAGAAUCAGGGCAUCCUCCUUUUGACGACCGGAUUCAUGACGUGCAUCAUCUUGCUCGCUCAUAUCUUUUGCCAAAACGGGCCAUGGGCGGGACCUCCUCCCGAUGAUAGAGAAAGAUACAUCUUGAUGUGCUUUUUUGGCACCUGGGGGGAACUGGGCUUUAUGAUAGUGUCAGGCGGCAUCUUCGAGUGGUCCGCUUAUAGCGACGAAGAACUGCAAAAGACGCUCGAAGCACAUCGUCUCGAUCAACUCCGGAAAGACAACUGGGUCGAAGUCGGCCAAUCUCCGCCUGUCAAGGAAAAGCCGGGCGAUUAUGUUCGCAGCUGGCGGAUCGCUAAAGAUCACCCGGAGUGGGUCGAUGUCAAGCCGACGGACGGACUAUAGAGUGGAACGACUCUUUCUUACAAGUCGAGUUGAGUUGCUCGUCGAACGUUGGUGGAAAGUGGAUCUGCCAUCAAUCGGACGAUGAGAUAUCUAUGUCAUCCAGCGGGACAGGGGGUUGAUAGAUGGA